AUGGGCCGGCUCCCAACAACUGCAGACUUCCCGUCCAAGAUCGCGCUAAACAUCGUGCCACCUCCAAAGAACGACUCUCCAACCAACAUUCUCAUACUCUUGCACGGCCUAGGCGACAAUCAUGAAUCCUUCACCGCUUUGGGCAAGCAGAUGGCGCUGCCCGAAACCUGCUGCAUCUCCAUCCGUGGUCCACAGAAUCUCUUAGAUCUGGGCGGCUUCCACUAUGGAGACGAGAUCAUGUUCGACUCCAGCAAUGGCGGCUUAGACGCCGACGCGGGUUUCAAGCAGACGACGGAGAUUCUGAAGAGUCUUGUGGUCAAUGAUGUGCUCGUGGAGAAGUGUGGGUAUACAUUACGAGAGAUUAUGGUGUUCGGGUUCGGGCAAGGAGGCAUGGCGGCGUUGAAUCUGGCUGUCGCCUUGCACCAGACCUCACCUACCAAUGAGCUCGGCGGCAUCAUCAGCAUAGGCGCUCCCCUCCCCAGCGAAGCUCCCGCCUCGCUAGAUCCCAAGUGCAAGACGCCCAUCCUCGUAUGCGCAGGCUCGGAGGCUUCAACAGUGACAUCCUCUGCGGAAGACAAGUUGAAGCGAGUCUUUGAAUUCGUGGAAGUCAAGCGAUAUCGUAAACCAGGCGACUCAAUGCCGAGCAAUCGCGACGAGAUGUUGCCGAUCAUGCAGUUCUUCUCUAGAAGGCUCAGGAGUACGAAGGGUGUACCGGAAGGAAGUGUGGAGAUAGGGAGAUAGAUCGAUGAUGAGACUUUUUUGAUUUAUCAAUUCU